AGGAAUUCCCUACCCAUUUAGUGCCCCGCCCCCAUGAUGGACCCAAUCCGAGGACUGGACCUCUCCGAAACCCCGCCCCCCGCUGGCUUCUCCCAGGCUUGCACCACUCGAGGAUGAAGCGGCAGAUGACGCAAUCGGGCCGCGCGGCGAGAAGGUCACACGGUCCUUCGACAUGGCGGCGGCGGCGCUGCGGAGUGGCUGGUGCCGCUGUCCGCAGAGAUGCCUCAGCGGUGGAAUCCAGUUUCCUUCCAGCCACAGUCUACCCCAUGGGUUGACCUAUCAGAUGCGCCGGCCGGGCGGAGAGCUGCCACUGUCCAAAUCAUAUUCUUCUGGAAACAGAAAAGGCUUUCUGUCUGGCUUGCUAGAUAAUAUCAAACAAGAAUUAGCCAAAAACGAAGAAAUGAAAGAAAGUAUAAAAAAAUUCCGCGAUGAGGCCAGGAGGCUGGAAGAAUCCGACGCACUCCAGGAGGCCAGAAGGAAAUACAAAACCAUGGAGUCAGAAACCGUGCGGACAAGUGAGGUGCUACGGAAGAAGCUUGGGGAGCUGACAGGCACCAUGAAGGAGAGCCUUCAUGAAGUCAGUAAAAGUGAUCUUGGCCGGAAAAUCAAGGAGGGCGUGGAGGAAGUGGCCAAGACCGCCAAGCAGUCAGCUGAGUCAAUGUCCAAAGGUGGGGAGAAGCUGGGCAGGACGGCGGCCUUCAGAGCCCUCUCCCAGGGGGUGGAGUCCGUGAAGAAGGAAAUUGACGACAGUGUCCUGGGGCAGACAGGGCCCUACCGAAGGCCCCAGCGACUCCGGAAGAGGACGGAGUUUGCAGGAGAGAAGUUCAAGGAGGAGAAAGUGUUUGAACCAAACGAGGAGGCCCUGGGAGUCGUUCUGCACAAGGACUCCAGGUGGUACCAGCAGUGGAAGGACUUCAAGGAGAACAACGUGGUGUUCAACCGGUUCUUCGAGAUGAAGAUGAAGUACGACGAAAGCGACAAUGCACUCAUCCGGGCGUCCCGGGCCCUGACGGACAAGGUCACCGACCUGCUCGGGGGCCUGUUCUCAAAGACAGAGAUGUCGGAGGUACUCACGGAGAUCCUCCGGGUGGACCCGGCCUUCGACAAGGACCGGUUUUUGAAGCAGUGUGAGAACGACAUCAUCCCCAACGUCCUGGAGGCUAUGAUUUCUGGGGAGCUUGACAUUCUCAAAGACUGGUGCUAUGAAGCGACUUACAGCCAGCUGGCCCACCCCAUCCAGCAGGCCAAGGCGCUGGGCCUCCAGUUCCAUUCUCGCAUCCUAGACAUCGACAACGUUGAUCUGGCCAUGGGCAAGAUGAUGGAGCAAGGGCCGGUGCUGAUCAUCACCUUCCAGGCACAGCUGGUGAUGCUGGUCAGGAACCCCAAAGGAGAGGUGGUAGAGGGUGACCCGGACAAGGUGCUGCGGAUGUUGUAUGUGUGGGCGCUCUGUCGAGACCAGGACGAGCUCAACCCCUAUGCAGCCUGGCGGCUCCUGGACAUCUCUGCCUCCAGCACAGAGCAGAUCCUCUGACUAUGGCCCAGAAGCCAGGGAGCCCCAGGCUGGGUCAUCAGGCGCAGAGGCACCGUGACACCACCUGCGGCAACUCCAGACCUCUGGGAACAAGACUGCAGGCUCUGCCCCCAGCUCUGCCAGAACGGCUGCAAGACCAGCUGGCCGGGGAGUGGGUGGCGGGCGGCUGCUGGAGAUACUCUCCCUGCGACUGGAGACACUCCCCCCAGGGCUGGCCCCUGCCCUGUCGCUCUGCCCUGCAGGGGUCCCGAACCUGGUCACCCGGGGUGCACACAGGCCACAUAGUGCCAAGAGGCUCCAGGGACUCCCCCAGCAGCAGGAUGGGACCUGGGCCCCACCGUUCAAUGGCCCACUGGCCGUCUCAGCCAAGCCACUUUAGGUCCAUUUUUUAUUUUAACAAUGCUUUUCCAAUCUGUGCAUAAGCCUGAGAUUUGGAAAGAAUAAAACACCGAAUUGCAGAAGAGCA